ACUAACUCUUACUCUAUCACUCACUUCUCUUCUCUUUGUCACUCUGACACACACACACACUCUGCCUUACUCUCUCGCUUUUUGUCUCACUCUUACACUAUUACACUCUCUCCUUGUCUUACCCCCUUGUUUUCACUCUUUCACUCUGUCUAACUCUUACACUCUUUGUGUCACUCUUGCACGAUUACACUUUUUUCCUCACUCUUACACUAUUACACUCUCUCUCUCUUUGUGUCACUCUUACACUAUUACACUCUUCACACUAUCUCACUCUUUGCUGAAUCUCUGACAGAAUUUAUUAAUCUGAAGUUUCCUCCGAAGCCAUGUCUGCUGAUAAGAAACCCAAGAAGAAGAAAACAGAAAAAGACUCUGCAAAAGCCAACGGAUCAGAAACCACGUCUAAAAAGAGCAAAACCAAGAAGAAUGAAGAUCCACCAGAAGAGAGUGAAGCCACGCCCGCCAAGAAUGGAAAACCAGUGAAAAAAAAGAAACCAGAAAAAAAUCAGGAAGAGCCGGAAAAGGAGGUGAAGAAGAAGACGACGAAAAGCGAACCGAAGAAGAAGAAAGAUUCUGACGAUGAGGAUGAGGACGAUGAAGAAGAGCCAAAAAAACCAAAGAAAAAGAUCACAAAGGAAAAUUCACCUGCAAACACCAAAGACAAGAAACCCAAAGCCAAAGAAUCUAAAAGUGAAUCUGAUAGUAAAGGAAAAACAACCAAGAACAAAAACGACGCCGCCAACAUGUUCCAGAUAAACGGAGAGAAACCCAAAUUCAUCACCAAGAAGAAAGCUGUACAGUCGGAGAGUGAGGACAGUGAGCCUGAAGUUAAAACGAGUAAAAACAAGAAAAAGUCGAGUUCCUCAAACUCCGCCUCCAUGUUCCAAACCGGAGGAGACAAGAAAGAAAAGAACGGCAAGAAAAAGAGUUCUGCUAAAGCUGAAGAAAGUGAAGAAGAAACAACGGCCAAGAAGAAGAAAGGAAAAGGAAAGAAAAGCAAAAAAGAGGAGCGCGCUCCGUCUCCGGAGGUGGAGUUUGAUGAUCUGGAGGAGUUUGUUCUGAGGCCGGCGCCGGAGGGAAUGACGGUAAAGUGUAAAGUAACGCGAGAUAAACGAGGGAUGGACCGCGGAUUUUACCCCACAUACUUCCUACACCUGGACAACGAGAAGAAGGUUUUCCUAUUGGCCGGACGGAAGAGGAAGAAGAGCGCAACUUCUAAUUAUCUGAUCUCUAUAGACGCUACCGACCUGUCCCGCGGAGGAGACAACUUCAUCGGCAAGCUGAGGUCGAAUCUGAUGGGCACUAAGUUUACGGUGUUUGAUAACGGGCUGAAUCCGGACCGAGCGCUCAGGGAUCUGUCCAAUGCCCGGCAGGAACUGGCUGCCAUCAUCUACGAGACGAAUGUGUUGGGGUUUAAAGGACCACGGAAAAUGACGGUGAUAAUCCCGGGAAUGGACGAGGACAGCGAGCGAGUGCCGAUCCGUGCUCAGAGCGAAAACGAUGGGUUAUUGAUGCGUUAUCAGAACAGACAGAUGGAUAAUCUGAUCGAGCUCCACAAUAAAACUCCGGUCUGGAACGAUGACACGGCUUCAUACGUCCUGAACUUCUCCGGACGGGUCACGCAGGCGUCCAUCAAGAACUUCCAGAUCGUUCACAGCAAAGACAACAGUUAUAUCCUGAUGCAGUUCGGCCGUGUAUCAGACGACAUAUUUACUCUGGACUAUAAGUACCCGCUGUGCGCCGUCCAGGCCUUCGCCAUCGCGCUGUCCAGCUUCGACGGAAAACUGGCCUGUGAGUGAAUCUGGACACUCCGGAAAAAAUGUAAACGAUUCGUCCACGACUGUGAUUUCUCAGAUUCCUGCUUCAGCGUUCGUGCCUGAACUGACCUUUCAGCCGUCCAGAGGGUAACUGUUCAGAGUGUUUGUAUACAUGACUGUGUGUUUUAUGGUUUAGGAAUAGCGAGCUUUCUCUACAGACACCCCAGACACUGUUUUCCUCCAAUCACCCAUAACCUGAAGCUCCAGUCAAGUGGAGGCACUUAAACCAUUGCGUCCGAUAAAUCAGACUCUGGUUGGUUUACACUCUGUUUGUUUGGGCAGGUGUGAAAUCAGUAAUCACACUCGGGUUCGGACCAAAACAAUCGUACAGAAACCUUGCGAGAGGAUAUUAAAUAUACAGUAUUUUCACAGUAUAAAAUGCACUGGAUUAUAAAGCGCAUUUUAUGCGAUAAUAGUAAGGAAAAGGGGUGUCGCCAUGUUUUCCCUUCUAAGUAAUCAGGUCUUGCCAUAAAGACCUGCAAAGCUAAGUUAUGCAAAGAAAAUGUAAUUAUUAAAAAAAACAUUUCAGACAAGCAGUGCUAGCUGGGGUUAGCAGCAGGCUACAGGCCGAUAAUACUAACCUUUGGAUGGCCGGUUAGCAGCUAAUGCUAAUACUGCUGGAGAUCUAAAAACUGAAACUCCUGUAUAACUCUGUACUUCAGUGGAGUGACUUUACUGCUCCUUAAUACCUGACUGGUAGAAUUCAUACAUAAGGAGCACCGGAUUAUAAGGAGCUCUGAUGAUGAUUUUUGGUAAAAUUAAAGGAUUUUAAGUGCACAUUAUAGUGCAAAAAAUUCAAUCAUUCUCUUGUUUGAGCUUAAUGGCUUUUCAGGUGCAGUUUAACCUGAUUCAUUUCCCAGACAAUAAUACUAUGGCUGGGUAUCAAUACUGAUUUCCCUCACGAGUUGAUUCCUCUUUCUCAAUGUUCUAAUUAGUUUCAAUUUAAUUUGAUUUCAUUCAAUAUCGAUCAUUUAGGAAUAUUUCCAAUAAGAAUACAGCUUUUGUUUGGAUAUGAAAAGAGAUUUUUUUUAAACUAAGGUAGUAUCUGUACAAGAAACACUCAACAUACCAUAAUUAAUAAAUAUUAGUUUGUACUUCAGCUCCAGUCAUACAUAAAUGAUAUGCAGGCCUGAUCUCAUUGCACGAAUAACAAUGGCUGAUCAUGUGUGAUUAAAGUGUUUAUAUGAAUUGGAAUGUUAUAUUUAUAUAUAUUGUUAUAUAUUUAUAUAUUGUUCAUAUGGAUGUGUGUUAGUUUGUGUAUUUUAUUUUUUAAUGUAUAUUAACUUGUGUAAGACAUCAAUAUUGU